AGCCCUAUGACCGCUGGAGACGUUGCUGCAGCCGCCGGUGGCGGCGGAGUCUCCUCCUGAGGAAGCGCGCCAGGCCCUGCUCCCUUCCCCUGUACCGCGUCGGCUUUCGGGAUGCUGGUGCUGUGGCGGGGCUUGGCGCUCUGGCUGUCGGCGUGGAGCGCCGCUGCCUGGUCGCCGAGCGGCCGUUACUGGCUGGACGACGCGGUCGGGCUGGAGUUCGACGGCAUCGGAGCCGUCAGCGGCGGAGGGGCUACCUCUCGGCUCCUGGUGAAUUAUGAGGAACCUUAUCGCUCUCAGAUUUUAGAUUAUCUUUUUAAGCCAAAUUUUGGUGCUUCUUUGCAUAUUCUCAAAGUGGAAAUUGGUGGUGAUGCACAGUCAACAGAUGGAACAGAACCGUCCCACAUGCACUAUGAAAAUGAUGAAAAUUAUUUCCGUGGUUAUGAAUGGUGGCUGAUGAAAGAAGCUAAAAAGAGGAACCCUAACAUUAAAUUAAUUGGGUUGCCAUGGGCUUUUCCAGGAUGGAUUGGGAGGGGUGAGAACUGGCCUUAUGACCAUCCAGAUGUCACUGCUUAUUAUAUAGUCUCAUGGAUUAUAGGUGCUAAAAGAUUUCAUAAUUUGGACAUUGACUAUAUUGGGAUUUGGAAUGAACGGACUUUUAACCGUAAAUAUAUCAAGCUUUUAAGAUACACUUUGGAUAAGCAAGAUUUGCAGCGGGUACGAAUCAUAGCCAGCGAUAGCUGUUGGGAACCAAUUUCCUUUGUCAUGCUGCUUGACUGUGAACUCCGUGAAGCGGUCGAUGUCAUUGGGGCUCACUAUCCAGGGACGACAACAGUGCCUUCUGCCUUGUUAACAAAAAAGAAACUCUGGGCUUCAGAAGACUACAGCACUUUCAACAAUGAAGUGGGCGCCGGAUGCUGGGCUCGAAUCCUGAACCAAAACUACGUCAAUGGCCACAUGACCUCCACUAUAGCUUGGAAUUUAGUGGCUAGUUACUAUGAAGACCUACCCUUUGGUCGAUGUGGUUUAAUGACGGCACAAGAACCAUGGAGUGGACAUUACAGCGUGGAUCCUCCGAUAUGGAUCACUGCACAUACAACCCAGUUUACACAACCAGGCUGGCAUUACCUGAAGGUAGACGGGCGUUUAGAUGGAGGCGGCAGCUACGUGGCACUGACUGAUGGGCAAGGCAAUCUUACAAUCAUCAUUGAAACCAUGACUUAUCACCACUCUGCUUGCAUCAGGCCACCGCUACUUCCAUACAGCGUGUCACCACAGAAUGCAACUUUCUAUCUCAAUGGAUCUUUUAGCCAUGUGAAAGCUCUUCAGAUGUGGUAUUCUAAGCUUGAAUUUACAUCAGCAAAUUCUACAUUGUUCCAUUCACUUGGAUCCAAAAAAGUGUGUGAAGGAGCAUUGACAGUAAAUUUGGGUUUGGAUGAAGUCUAUACUCUGACAACAUUGACAACAGGCCGUAAAAGCCCCUUUCCUGAUCCCCCUCCUUCCCAUCCCUUUCCCACAGCUUACAAGGAUGACUUCAAUAUCCGCAACCCACCUUUCAGUGAGGCACCAUACUUUGCUGAUCAAACCGGGAUCUUCGAGUACUUCGUGAACACUUCGGAUCCAGGAGAGCACGUCUUUACUCUCCGGCAGGUGGUCAAUCAGAGACCUGUGACAUGGGUUGCUGAUGCCGAGAACACCAUCAGCAUUAUAGGGAACUAUAAAUGGGUGAACCUAACUCUCAGUUGCGACAUUUACAUAGAAUCAAAGCAAGGAGGUGCAUUUAUUGCAGGACGAGUAGACAAAGGUGGGAUAUACAUUGGAGAUGCCAAGGGAGUUUUCUUCUGGGUGUUUCCAGAUGGCACUUACCGAGUCACACGUGAUCUCCAUGGUAAAGAGAUCUUAAUGAAAGGGAUGUCUGGCGUGCGGGCUGAAACCUGGCAUAGGCUUACACUAACACUCAUGGGCUCGAAUGCUUCAGGCAUGUUAAAUGGCUAUCCUCUUUGGGAGAAUGUUACCGUAACCAAACCAGAGAAUGGCUGGGCAGCUAUUGGGACAAAAUCGUUUGAGUUUACACAGUUUGACAACUUUCAUAUUCAGGCCAGCUGAGGGCCUUUUCAAAGAAGGAAAAACUGGCUUCUCUUAGUGCCUUGAAAAUAACUUUUUGUAAAUUAUGUUGGUGGGAAAUUUUUAUUUUUCUUACUGCUUUUAUGAAUGAAUCUAACCCUGUGAUUUAGAAAAAAGUCCCAAAGCAGAAUUCAUACUUUUUCUCUCUCCUUGGAAGAGAUCAUUGCUGCCUCCCCCAAGCCUUAUAAAUUGUUGGAAUUCAAAUGUCAUAGCAUGACUUUUUAAGCACAAAGGGAAUGUUUUUAAUACUUGCAUAGCCGUGAAGUCCAUUCCUUUCACACUAACGCCAUUAAAUUAGACAAUAUGCUUUGUGUACCUUUCUAUAAAGGGAUCACUUUGCCUUUUUGGUGAUCCAUCUGAGAUGAUGGAAUAAAGGGAUCAAAUGGAUUUAAAUGCCUUCUCCCAAGAAAUAAGAUCUCACACUUAGCCUUUUACAUUCUUAAAUACAUUUGCCUAUUUUUAAUGACAGUGAACCCAACUGCCAACAGGUUGGAUCUCACAAAACUCCUUAUUUUAAACUACCUCUUACUCUAUAACAGUAGCAAACCAAGUAUGUUGAAACAGCCUUAUUCCAUGUCUAAUAGCUGCUUCCAGUUUUUCCUCUGCUUUUCUCCUUCUACAGAAGAGAGAGUAGAAAAUACUUCUGAAGUUUUAUUAAUGGAAAUUCAUGGAAAGGCACUUUCCCUAGAGUUUAAGGGACAUUUGACACAUGAUUGUGCUCUCAGAUUGACAUCUAGGCUAGACUUGUAUGGAGGGAGUGUGAGCAUGGACCACCACUUCCAUGUAGGUGGUGUGUAUGUGAGUGGCCUGGUUUCUGUGGUGGUGGUACUCCAAGGUGGUCAUGUAUAUAUCCCCCACAUGGAGCAAUUGGCACCUCCUUUCAAGGCCAUUCGCAGCAUUCCUAGUGGCCUCCUGUACUCCCCAGAGGUGAAACCCAGCCCAAUGAUGAAGAAAUGUUUGCAUGGAUUUUUGAUUCAUUAAUUCAUUAAUCACAAACUGAUACAUAUAUCCUUUCAGGUAUUUUUCUUUUAAUAAUUGAGUAACUUCCCCCCUCCCCCAACCCAUCAUCAUUGACCAGAUUCCUAAAAUCAAGUUGUGUGGUUUCAUUAUCUUUGUCCCUUUUUCUUACCUAUUACACACUGCAGAAAGCUGACACCAGUUAAGAUUAUAUGUUAGCCUAGUUAAGUCCCUAGAAAAUUUCAUUAGAAAAUGUCUCUAAACAAUAGAUCCCCCUGGUAGUUUUUGAAAUAGAAUGACAAUGUAUUACACUUGACUAUUGGAAAUUAUCUUGUUGACAUACGUGGCUGGAUCCAACCACCUUUUCCAAUCUCUCUCACUUAAAUUUUCCUCCUUACUACAGCCCUUGUCCCACAUGCCUUUUGACCGUGGAGAUCCUUUGAUGCCCAGCAUAGACUUUUUGGAGGUCAAAAGGGACCCCUUCCUCCUCUUUAAAGCACUGGAUAAAACAUAUGCCAUUUUAAAGUUUUGUCUCAUCUGUGAAUUUGGAUGUUGUGCAUUAUUGUAGUUAAGUAGAGAAGGGAAAAACCAGAAUAUUUCUUUUGCUGCUUGAGCAGAAGCUGUGCCCAUGUUCCAAGAGCUAAACAAUUAGAGACACCUACUAAAGGAUUUCCAUGGAUGUUUAAGCACUUUGGAAAUUUUGGCUGGUAUAAAUACUUCCAUACUCAGACCAUUUUUUUUAUAAAAAAAAGAUUGGGUUGGAUCUAGAAAUUCUAUAGCAGGUGCUGAUGGUCACAAAUCUAUCUCAAGGUCCCCUCUCUCCAGUAGAUCUUUCUGAACCUGGGAGAGUUGACUGCUGUUUCACAGGACCCAUAUGGUCUAUUAGCCACCUGGAUCAGGGGCUGGAAUAUUGAGAGGGAGUGGUUGUUGUUGCCCUUCCUUCUCUCAGUACAGCUGUGCUGAUGGAAGAGCAAUGUCAUCUUUCCCCCCUGCCUCAGCACAACCCACUUACCUAUAUGCAGUUCCUGUAAAUCUGCAAAUUAACUUUUCUGGAGUCUGAAGGGACUGCUGGAUGGAGAAGAAAGAUCUGCAAUCCCCGGGACCAACAGAUCACUGGAUCUGAAGUUACUGAGUCUGAUUAGUGUCCAUUAUAACAUUUCCUGGUACCUUUUGGUGAGGAGCUGCAUUUAAGAAGGACCCGAUUAAUGUAACCCAAAGAUUUUAUUCUUUUUGCACUAACUUAACGAAUGGUUGUAUUUUUAUGUUAUGUGCUGAAUGUCUUGUAAUCAAGAGAAGUUUUGUUAAUUUAUGAAAUAGCAAAAAAGUUUGCCCUGUUAUGGUUAAUGUUUGUGUGUUCUCCUUAAGCUGCUUUGAUAUAUGUGACUAGUGCAGACUGAUGUAUGUGACUAGUGCAGACUCUGUACAAAUGUUUCAAACUGAAGAAAUAAAUACUACUAAAACUC